UUUUCUUUCUCCGGGACCAGCUGUCCCGGGGAGAGUCCGGCUGGACCCGGGGGAUCUCACCGUCCCCGACCCCCGGCCGUGAGAGCCUUCGGAUCCCGCGGCCACGAUGUCGCUGGUGGAAGAGAAUCGUCCCUUCGCUCAGCAGCUCUCCAACGUCUACUUCACCAUCCUCUCGCUGUUCUGCUUCAAGCUCUUCGUGAAGAUCAGCCUGGCCAUCCUCAGCCACUUCUACAUCGUCAAAGGGAACCGCAAGGAGGCCGCCCGCAUCGCCGCCGAGUUUUACGGGGUGACCCAGGGGCAAGGUUCGUGGGCCGAUCGAUCCCCCCUGCAUGAGGCCGCCAGCCAAGGCCGACUUUUGGCUCUGAAGACUUUGCUGUCACAGGGCUACAAUGUAAACACAGUGACGAUCGACCACGUGACUCCACUGCACGAAGCCUGCUUGGGAGAUCACGUCGGAUGUGCGCGGAUUCUUCUCGAAGCAGGAGCCAACGUGAACGCCACCACCAUCGACGGCAUGACCCCGUUGUUCAACGCCUGUUCGAGGGGGAGCGCUUCCUGCACAGAGCUUCUGCUGAUGCACGGUGCCAAGCCGCAGCUGCAGUCGUGUCUUCCGUCGCCAGCUCACGAGGCUGCCAGGAAGGGUCACUGCGAGUGUCUAGAAGUCCUGAUCUCGUGGGGCACAGACGUCGACCAAGACAUUCCGCAUCUGGGAACGCCUCUUCACGUAGCCUGUACGGCGCAACAAUGCCAUUGCGUUCGGAAACUGCUCGAUGCAGGGGCCGAUCCCCAGAAAGGAAAGUACUGGGAGAGUCCGUUACACGCAGCUGCUCAGCAAGGCGGCCCCGAGAUCGUCAGCUUGCUGCUGGAGUUUGGGGCGGACAUCAACGCCAAGAACGCCGAGCUCCAGCGGCCUGUAGAUGUUGCCGCUCCUGGCGGUUUGGCGGAAAAGACCCUCCUGCAGCACGAAGCUACCCCAAGCUCUCUCUGCCAACUCUGCCGGAUCCGCAUCCGAAAUCACCUAGGAAGAGCUCGGCUACAUCUUGUUCCUCAACUGCAGCUCCCGAAACUCCUGAAAGAUUACCUACAGUACCGAUGAGGAGGCCUGAUCGUCUUUAAAAACUGGAAAAAAAAAAAACCCCGAAACAGAUCCUGAUGUUUGCCUUGCAUCCUGCGUAUUUGAUAUCCGGAAUGUUGCGCUUUGCCGCUCGGGAAGGGGUGUGGGACCCCCGUCCUCUGGGAAGGAUUCCCCUAAAGAGGUUUAUCUUGAUAUUUCCCCAUUUAGCUCCGGCCGUAUUUCAGCUCCUUUUAACUGAAUCUGUACUUGUUAAUCUGUUUGAGGCCCUUAUCGUGUAAUCUAUCUUUCGUCACUCGGUCUGCUGUUUCCCUUUGUUCCUGCGGAAAAUUAUAACUAUCUCCGUGGUU